GUAAUCUGUGUUCAUUAUUGUGCCAAUCGGCAAUCUUUAAUCUUUUUAGUUUUUCGUAUAAUAAUAAUAAUUAAUAUGUGUUUGGUCAUUACUGAUUAGUGAUUAGUAAUUACUCAUUACUUAUUAUACCGUUUAAUCUUUUUUUUUUUUAAAUAGUAUUUGCUAUAUUUUAGUAAUUACUUAUUUCAAGUCUACUCUAAUAGCUACUCUGGUAUCUAGUUAUUCAGGUAUAAUUUAACAAUAAUAACUACAAUUUUAUUAACUGAUCAUUAUUAUCCAGUUUUGUCUAUUCUUUCGAUUGUGACCCAAACACUCGUUCACUAGUAGGCCCAAAACAAAAUUAACAAGUACAUAAAUAUUGCUUUGCCAUGGCACCCAAACCAGUAUUGGGACAAAAUCGUAGCAAGUCUAAUAGCAUCUUUAUCAAAAAACUUAAUCGCUGCUUGGUUAUCAAUAAUAAUUUACGUAAGCGUAUUGCAGAGUUAUCGGACAAAAAUAAAGAAUUAUCAAGGACUAGGAAUAGUAUGUUAUUAGAGAAAUUUGCUUUGCAACAUGAAAAUACCACCAUUAGAAAUUUAAAUAUUCAACUGUCUACUAAGCAAAAUAUUAUGCAUAGAAAACUUAGUGUACUUGAACAAACUAUACAAAGCUGUAUACCUUCAUUGGUAACUAUGUCACAAUGUAUCCCAUCAAUGUUAGAAAAUGUUCAUGAAAUGAGUAAAUUGGAAGUCAAAGAAUUUAACCAGGAAAAGAAAGAAAAACAGACUAAAACUGUAAGGCCUAUAAUCCAUGGUACAACUAUUACUAAACCAACUGCUUCAAUACAACUAAAUAUGUCACCUAUCAUUGAAAGCCCAAGUUCUAGUUCCGAACGAACGCCAAAAAGUCAACGAAGAUCUAGUUAUAGAAGCUCACCUCACUGUAAACUUAAUAUGGAACCUUAUGUAAGAUUAAAAGAUGUUGCAGCUAUGUUGAAAAACUCCAAAGCCGUUCCUAAUGAAAGUCCUAAACGUCAAUUAAAUGAAAGUUUAGGUGAAGGCCCGAGUUGGUUGAAUACGCAAGAAAAUCAAAUCCAAUGUUCUAACAACAAUAUUAAUGUAACCCAGUAUGGUAAUAGUUCUCCAAGAUUAAUAACAUCCGAUGAAGCUCAAGCUGAUGUGUCAAUAAUUGUUUCUACUUCAAGUAGUAGUAUGAAUAAUACAUCUAAUGAAACUGAAGUACGGCGCAGUGAUUUUAUAUCAUCUCCUAUUGAUUCAAGUAUGCUAAGAAACAUCACAUGUCGAAAACGUAAUAAACGAUCUAGUGAAACAAGCAUUGCAUCAGAUAUGAAUGAUUCAACCUCUUCAGUAAGACCUAGUAGAUCUGCAAGAAAAAAGAUCAACUACAAAGAAAAGAGCCUUGGCUGUAAACUUAGAAGAUAAUUAUUUAAACUAUCAUAAAACCAAUUAAGAACAUGUAUUUUAAAUGUAAUAGUGUGUAUUAUAUGCAAUUUGUCAUAAUUGUUAAGCAACAUUUUUUUUUUUUUUUUACUGAUGGUUAUAAUAUGGUAUGCGUUUUAAUUCUUAACCACAUUAUUAUAUAUAUUUUAUUUGAUUAAAGGAAGUUGAGUAGUAAAAAA